ACAUGGUCACAUGUUCAACAUCGUGUGAUUUUUUUUUUUGUUAAUUAUCAAAUAAUAAAAUAACAAUACAAAUCAAUAAAUAAUAACGAAAUAAAAAUCAAUCAAUUGUGUAUUUCGAAAUUUAUAAAAAAAUUCGCCAUCUAAUAAUUAUCAUAAACAUCUUGUUGAUGAAUUAAAUUAUUGACAACAAUGAGUGACUCAGAGAAUAAUGAUAAUAAACAACCAACUGGACCAGUUGAAAAUGCAUGGUCAAUGAAAAUUCCAAAGUUUGAAAAAUCAGAUAAUCGUCAUCGUUUAAUAGAAGAAAGUUCAUUUGCAACAUUAUUUCCACAAUAUCGUGAGAAAUAUUUACGUGAAUGUUGGACACUUGUACAGAAAGCAUUAGAUGAUCAUGGAAUUAAAGCUGAAUUAGAUUUAAUUGAAGGAAGUAUGACUGUUAAAACAACACGUAAAACAUGGGAUCCAUAUGUUAUUAUCAAAGCAAGAGAUUUAAUAAAGCUAUUAUCACGUUCAGUACCAUUUGAACAAGCUGUACGUAUAUUAGGAGAUGAUAAUCUUGGUGCUGAUAUUAUUAAAACACGAUCAUUAGUUAGAAAUAAAGAAAAAUUUAAGAAAAGACGUCAACGUAUUGUUGGACCAAAUGGUUGUACAUUGAAAUCCAUUGAAUUAUUAACAAAUUGUUAUAUAGUAGUACAAGGGGGAACUGUAGCUGCACUUGGUCCAUAUAAAGGUCUACAACAAGUACGUAGAAUUGUUGAAGAUACUAUGAAUAAUAUUCAUCCAAUAUAUAAUAUUAAAACAUUAAUGAUUAAACGUGAACUUGCUAAAGAUCCAAAAUUAAAGAAUGAAAAUUGGGAAAGAUUUUUACCAAAAUUCAGUAAUAAAAAUAUAUCUAAGAGAAAACAACCUAAAAAUAAAAAAGAAAAGAAACCAUAUACACCAUUCCCACCACCACAACAACAAAGUAAACUUGAUAAAGCACUUGAAUCUGGUGAAUAUUUCCUUACACAAGAACAAAAACGUAUGAAACAAAAGAAAGAACAAGAUACUAAACAUGAUGAAGCUAAUGAAAAAAGACAAAAACGUAGAGCAGAACCAUUUAUUGCACCAGAUGAAACAAAUUCAAGUGAAAAUACAUCUAAAAAACGAAAAACUGAUAAUAUUAAUGUGAAUGAUGUCAAGGAAAAAGUAAAAAAAGCAAUGUCAAAAAAAAAUAAAACAAAAAUUAGAUUUGGUUAA